AUGGAACAGAGCUCGCGCGUCGAACAACUCCCACGGGAACUGAAGUACAUACAAUAUGAGCAUCGUCUCGAGACUCAAUAUCUACCGGCAAUCCGCGCCUUGAUCUCCAAGGACCUCAGCGAGCCCUACAGCAUCUAUGUCUACCGCUACUUUCUCUACCAAUGGGGCCAUCUGUGUUACCUUGCUAUCGACCCUGAAGACUCCUCCCUAGUUGGCGUCAUAAUCUGCAAGCUCGAAGCCCAUGCCUCCCAUUCGCCCCCCACCUUGCGGGGAUAUAUCGCUAUGCUCGCCGUGUCAUCUGCCUACCGCGGACAUGGCGUGGCAACGACACUGGUCAAGAUGGCCAUCGACUCUAUGAAGAGCCGCAAUGCCGACGAGGUGGUUCUUGAGACAGAAGAGACAAAUAUUCCCGCAAUGAGGCUAUAUGAGCGGUUGGGCUUCCUGAGAUCCAAGAAACUCCAUCGCUACUACCUAAACGGCAAUAGCGCAUACAGGCUGGUCCUUUUGUUGAGGCCAAUUGAUCCGGACUCGGCGGCCGAUCUGGCGUUGGACGAUGCUGAUAUUUAUCGAUGA